ACCCCGGAUUCCUCUCUUUCGUUCUGGUCCCCAUUUGGAAGGAAGUGGCUCGCAGACUUUGUGGCAUUCUAGAAAUAGGAACCGGUAUCAAGAGUAGCCUGGACAUGUGUGAGGUCCACAGAAUAGUUGUAGAGGUAGGAGGAAUGCCAGACUCCCUAUCUAGGGCACCUCUCUCAUUUUACAGAUGAGGAAACUGAGGCCCAGGGACAGAGUGUGAUUUGUUCCCCUGCAACCCUAAGGACGGUUCAGUUCUCCUGGUUUUGCCCUAAACACCUUUCUAGCCGCGGGAAACGUUCAGGGCUGAGAAAGCUGAUUUGGGGAAGGGGAUGCAGAGCAGAGACUGUCUUGGCCAAUUCCCCUUUGAUAGGUGGGGAGAAUCAAGCCUAGAGAAGGGAAAUGGCCUUGCCAGAGCCCCGUCUUAGGUGUGAGGUGGGAUUUGAACCCCCUGCAGCAGGUCAGCCUCAGCCCAGGGCAGCCCCUUCUGCGUCUCUGCCCAGUCAGGUCUAACAGGGAAGGGGCCAGAGCGGGCCGGCAGUUCCCAGCUUUUUCAGUGCUUGGGGUGGUGAUGGCUCCCCUCUUCUUCUGGGCCCCCCGGAGCUCUUCCCCCUCCUGCCCCAGUGCUGCUGACUCUGUGACGCCCUCUCGCCCACAGCCCCCAGCUGGCCAGCCGGUGAUGGGGGCAGGCAGUCCCCCCGGGCGGCCCGGGCCGGCCCCCGACGGCGGCUGGGGCUGGGUGGUGUUGCUCAGCUGCUUCGUGGUGACGGGCUUCUCCUACGCCUUCCCCAAGGCGGUCAGCGUGUACUUCAAGGCGCUCAUGCGAGACUUCCAUGUGGGCUACAGCGACACGGCCUGGAUCUCCUCCAUCAUGCUGGCCAUGCUCUACGGCACAGGGCCCGUGUCCAGUAUCCUGGUGAACCAGUUUGGCUGCCGCCCUGUGAUGCUGGCAGGGGGCCUGCUGGCAUCCUCCGGCAUGAUCCUGGCUUCCUUCACCACCAGCCUGGUGCAGCUCUACCUCACUGCCGGCGUGCUCACAGGCCUGGGCAUGGCUCUCAACUUCCAGCCCUCCCUCAUCAUGCUGGGCCUGUACUUCGACCGCCGGAGGCCUCUGGCCAAUGGGCUGGCCGCAGCUGGCAGUCCCGUCUUCCUGUCGGCCCUGUCUCCUCUGGGCCAGGUCCUGCUGGAGCACUUCGGCUGGCGAGGGGGCUUCCUCCUGAUGGGGGGGCUGCUUCUCAACUGCUGCACCUGCGGGGCCGUCAUGAGGCCCCUAGCAGGCGGCCCAGGGGCCCAGGGUGGGGCCGGGCCCCAGGAGGAAGCCAGGGAGAUGCUGCCGCUGGAGCCGGGAAAGAAGCCCCCGGGGAGCCCCGGCAGGGGGCGCCGGCGGCAGAGAAGGCGGCUGCUGGACUUGUCCGUCUUCACUGAGCGGGGCUUUGUGGUCUAUGCCAUAGCCAAAUUUAUCCUAGUGCUCGGGCUGUUUGUGCCGACCAUCAUGCUGGUCAACUACGCCAAGGAUGCCGGGGUGCCCGAUGCCGAGGCCGCCUUCCUCCUGUCGGUGAUCGGCUUUGUGGACAUCGUGGCCCGGCCGGCCUGCGGGGCCCUGGCCGGGCUGAGCAGGGUCCGGCCCCACGUGGCCUAUCUCUUCAGCCUGGCCAUGCUGGCCAACGGGCUCACGGACCUCUGCAGUGCCCGGGCCCGCUCCUACCGUGCCUUGGUGGGCUUCUGUGUGGCCUUCGGUCUCUCUUAUGGCAUGGUGGGGGCCCUGCAGUUUGAAGUGCUCAUGGCCACGGUGGGAGCCCGGAGAUUCCCCAGUGCCAUUGGCCUUGUGCUGCUGGUGGAGGCCGUGGCAGUGCUCAUAGGACCCCCCUCGGCGGGGCGCCUGGUAGAUGCCCUCAAGAAUUACGAAAUCAUCUUCUAUCUGGCUGGUUCUGAGGUUCUCCUGUCGGCGCUCUUCCUCUCAACGGCCACCUACUGCUGUCUGAGGAAGCCUCGCGGUCCAGGACUAGCCUCGGACCCUCACCCCGGAGCCAGGGACACGGAAGCUGAGAAUGACGGCGACCUGGGCCCCCCAGCUGCUGCCAUUGCUGCCGCCCAGAAUUCUGAAAACCACGUGGCCCCAGAGGCAGAGCAGAGUGAGGAAAAGGAGGACGAGGAGGGGGAGGAAGAGAGAAAACCUGUCCUAGGAGGCUCUGUGGAGACUCUUGGCAAAGGAGGCUUCUAGCCUUGGUGGCUUUGGGGAGGGCAGAGAUGCGUUGGUGGGACCUCACUGCCUGGACACUCUCAUCCUGGGAGGGGGCUCUCACCCACCUUUCUAGGGAUCUUCCAAUGAGAGGGUGGGGAGAGCAUCGCCGCAGCCUUCCUGUCCAUUUUGUCCUCCGCUCGAGGUGGGAACGGGGGCCCUCCGAGUGAAGAAGGGCACCUGCCCACGUAACUCCUAGAUUCUCUUACUUCGUGCUCUCUAGCCAGACCCCAGCAGGCCCCUGGUGCUAAGGUGGACCUGAUCCCUUCUGUGGGCUCCAACCUGCUCUCCGACUUCUCUCCAGGCUUAGCUUAUUGUCCAUUUGUGGUCUCCAUCCCAGAUAUAACCGAAUGCGGUUUUCAUCCACUUGGCGUUUCCUGUGUGGAUUGCUAGGCUGAUGGAAUUAUCAGAGCCCCGUGUUGAUGAGAGAAUCACGGAAACAGUACGGUCUGGGGCCAGCCCAUUUCUCUAGCCACCAAGAAGUUCUCAUCAGAAUGAGAUGAUACGGGUGCUCAGGCUUGCCCUUUAGGCAGAGAAGUGGGUAGACCCUCACGAGGCAGGGCUCUUUGCUUAGCCUUCAUAGCCUCCAUAGUGAAGUGAAAGAGUAUUUGUCAGAGGAAGGGGAAACCAUUUUCUUUUCAUGCCACACCCCAGGGCUCAAAAGAGCUCGAUGGGAUGGAAAGAAGCCUGGGCAAGCCAGUGCCUCCCCCAGCCUCAGUUGCAUACGGUACUUGAGCUGAAUGGGACUUCAGAAUUAAGUUGGUCUAGCCCACAGCUGAACAGGAAUGCUCUGCGGGGUCAAUCGCCCUCCCUUCUCCUGGGCUACCUGAACCAGAUGAAAAUGUAAUUGGGAAAUAUUUAACAAAAUAAAAGUAAAGUAGAA